AUGGAGGACACUGCGUUCAUCUUUUCUGUCACCGACUUCACAUUCAACAUUGUAGGUGCUCUGCUGUUUGUAACUGAUGUCACUCUUGACAUUUGGGCAGUUGUGACUUUCUAUGAGGAGCAGGCGUAUGUCAGUAUGGGAGUAUUGGUCUUCCUGUUGCUGGGCUCGUCUACGCUGCUGCAAGUGUUCAGCUGGCUCUGGUACAGUUACAGCUCAGAGCAGGAGAGGGACAGCCUCAAGAAGCAUGUGUACCUGGAGAAGUACUUGAAUAACAGGUGUCUCCUGGCAGUACUCCACUGGUGCCACUUGGGAGUCCUAUUCAGAUUUGCCGGUGUUAUGGAGAUCUCUCUACGCAGCCUGCUGGGCCAAAGGUCAAAACGAUCAGAAGGAAAACCCUCAGAAGUGAGUGAAUCUUUGGAAGAGGGCACACCCUUUGUGGAGCAAAAACCUUUAGAUGCGGGCAAAUCUUUAGAAGAGAACAAAGUCUUAGAAGAGGACAUACAUUCGGACAUGACAGAUAGCAAGCCUUUAGAAGUGGACAAACUGUUGAUUGAGAGAAAACCUCUAGAAGUGAGCAAACCCACAGAAAAGAAUGAAUCUUUGGAAAACAACAAAUUCUUCCAGACAGACGAUCCAUCAAAAGACAAACGAGCCUUGGAAGAGGACGCAUGUGGAAAGCAGAGACAGCUGGAGAACAACGCUUUGCCUAUUGGCACACCUAAAGAACAGAACAAACCAUUGGAAGGGGCAAAACCUUCGGAAAAAGACAAGGAAGAGGAGGGGGGCAUCGCUGUCUUCAUGACCCAUGACCUCAGGAUGUUACGUCUCUUUGAGGCAUUUACUGAGAACACACCACAACUAACACUCAUGCUCACCGUCAUUGCACAAAGGGAGAAUGUGGAGUGGGUCACAGGUCUUAAAGCUCUGGGCUCAUUUGCUGCUAUUGCCUUCAGCCUUCUCACAUACCACCGCUCCAUGCGGGCCUUCACUAAAGGGAAGGAACAACUGACUAAGACAUCAUCCUUCAUAUUCUUCCUGUGGAAUUUGCUUUUGCUCAUCCCACGAGUGUUAGCGGUGGCGCUAUCUGCCUCUACACUACCUCUUGGGAUGAUUGCAGUCCACUUUCUCUGUGUAUGGUUCAUACAGCUGCUGUCGCUCUGGUGUCAGAAGACUGACUUCAUGGAACACAAAGUCUGGGAAUGGCUCUACCGGGCCACCAUAGCUCUCAUUUUGUACUUCAGCUGGUUCAAUGUGUCUGAUGGAAGAGCACGAGAAAGGAGUAUCACCUACCAUUCCUUCAUGGCAUUGGACAUCACACUACUACUGGUGCUUUGGUGGAGGUAUAUGGAAUGCGAUGCUGCCGUUUUUGGCACAUCAGUGUUUGUAGUCUUUAUUUUCCUGGGCACCUCCUACACACUGGGACUGCUAGUAAGGAUAUUAUACCACAAACUAUUCCAUCCAAAGAAACCAGCCAGUAGAUCGUCUGAAGCUCAUGGAUCAGAUAAUCAGAUUGCACCGGCGUGCUUACCGGCAUCUGACACAGAAUCAGUUGUGUUAGGUAUGGAUGAGGUGGACUUCCUACCCAAACCUCCCUCACCCACACCCUUACCACCCCCUCCCAAAGCUUUGACAGCGACAGAGAGGAGGAUGAGGAAAAUGGCUCGUAAUAUAGGUAUGGAUGAGGUGGACUUCCUACCCAAACCUCCCUCACCCACACCCUUACCACCCCCUCCCAAAGCUUUGACAGCAACAGAGAGGAGGAUGAGGAAAAUGGCUCGUAAUGUUUAA